GAGGGUAAGGGGCGGCACACAGGGUCCCUCAGGCAAACGUUAAGAGGGAGGUCAACGGGGAGCUGAGCAAUUUCGCUAUGGUGCUCGUGGGGAUGAAGUCACACGUGCUCCUCUUGGCCCUGCUGCAGUCUCUGGGAUGCUCGGGAAUCCCGCUGCACAACCCGGAGCUGGAGUCCCUGGCAGAGAGGGGCCUGGCAGCGGCUCUGGCCGAGGUCAACUCGGUGCACGCCACCAGCCAUCUCUACCGGGUAACUAGAGGCUCUGUCACAAGGGUGAUUCCCAUGGGGCUGAACACAGUUGACCUGCUGAUGUCGUUUGGCAUUAAAGAGACGGAGUGUGCAAAGGCUUUUGGAAACGACCCCCGGACAUGUGCCUUCAGACCGGGCUUCUUCGUGCCAUCCAUGUCCUGCUCCGGCCGGGUUCGUAUGUCGGCCACCUCGGCCCAGGUGGUGUCCCUCAAAUGCGGCCAUGACUCCUCCAGCUCCAGCUCAGAGUCUAGCGAGGAGAUGUUCUCCAGAGGGAGGCACCAGUUCAACAUUCCAUUGGUAAAUAGAGCGGUACCGGAUCCUUCCGCCCCUCCAGCCUGGCGGAUCCCUCCACGGCCAGCGGAAGCCCGGCCCAGAGGCGACACUCUGCCCAACUACCUGGUGUGACAUUUUAGCUCACUCUGGAGACAUUUAGGUGCUAGUGAGCAGACAUGCUUGAAUUAAAGAAUAAAAUACGCACGUCAUUACAUGGUCCCCGUUUUGUGCUAUUUGAUGGGGAAACACGUUCUUCACGUGGUAGGGCAAUGUCCUCAAUUUAAAUGAUUCUAUUUGACAAUAAAAGGCUGUAAAAAG